AGGAAGGAACAACCAGGGCCUGGACUAUACCGAGGUCUUCUAGAGUUGGUGAAUUUCAAGAUUUAUGAAAUAAAGAUGAAAACCACAAACUUCAUAUAAUUUCUACAAAUACUUGUCGGUUCAUAAACUUUCCUCUCCUAGCCUGCCUUUCUAGACUCUAGACUUUUAUCUUUCAUCAACCCCGCACAGCGCAUGCGACGCUGCAAACAACCGUCACAGCCGCCUGACACGAGCCGAUAUCGAAGUGUACAAUCCUUUGAGUCGCAAACAUUGCCCAGAUGAGCACCACCGACAUGGAGAAGAAGGCAGAUGACUUGGAAGGUCUAGCAGAGACCUCUGGGAAGAUUAUGGAGAAAGAGAAAGAAACGGCUUCAAAACCUACAGCAGAAGCUGCCAAGUCAGAAGAUGUUGCACCAACAGAAGAUAUACCGGACCCGGAUGAGGAUGACCUGGAUGACUUAGAUGAUAUGCUCGACGAGUUCUCUCCUUCAAAGCCAGAACCUACCCCUCCCAAAGCUGCCUCUGGCGCUGGAGCUUCUGGCCCUGGCAGACCUCCAGCGCCAACUACAGACCUGCUUCCAAAUGAUAUUUCUGAUGAAGACUUCGCGAAGCAAUUCCAAGCCGGUAUGGCAGAGUUGAUGGGCGAAAUGGAUACUUCUCCUGAUAUGGCAGCGCAAUUCGAGAACUUAUUGAAGGAGCUUGGUGGGGCAGCAGCUCUGGGCGAAGCAGCUGGAUUAGGACCUGCCCCUCCUAUUCCCACAUCGAGCAAGGAGAAGGGACCCAGCACAAAAGCCAAAGCAGGACCAUCUGCGGGUACAAAUGCAGCUGAAGAGUCGUUCCAGGAAACCAUCAAGAAGACAAUGGAGCGAAUGCAGUCAAGCGGAGAUCAAGCUACUGCUGCAGCUGCCAGUGAGAACACGGAUGACGUGCUAGCGGAAAUGAUGAAAGCCAUGCAAUCAGGAGCUCUAGGUGGUGAAGGGGGCGAAGAAGAGUUUUCAAAGAUGCUGCUAGGCAUGAUGGAGCAAUUAACCAACAAGGAGAUCUUGUAUGAGCCUAUGAAGGAGCUGGACGACAAGUUUCCCGAUUGGAUGGAGAAGAACAAAGAUAAAGUUGCGGAAGCGGAUCUGAAGAGAUACAAGGAGCAGCAGAUUUAUGUUAGGGAGAUAGUGAAGAGGUUUGAGCUCAAGACGUACAAAGAUGAGAAUGCUGUAGAUAGAGAGUAUAUCGUAGAGAGGAUGCAAAAGAUGCAAGCGGCUGGAUCUCCACCUCCAGAUCUUGUUGGAGAUAUGGCAGCAGCGCAAGAAGCUUUUGGGGCGCCGGAAGAGAGUUGUCCGACGCAAUGAAGAAAGCCAAUCCCAAAUACUCUGGACCAAGCUUGUGAUCAAAGCUCGUAAUACUCCAACAUGAGUAUAUACAAUGAUACCCCAUAACGCCUCCCUAUGCUUCCGUUGAUGACUCGAAUAAUGUCUGCUCAAAACGCCUGCGCUCAAAUGCUAAGCAAAUGCUCGGAAAAUCCAUCAACACUAACUCAUAUCCAUCAUGUCUUGAUCCUG